AGUCGAUUGACCCUAAAAAUUCAUGGAAUUCACGCAUACAUAUGUACAUAUAAACAUACUGGUAUUAUUGCUCAUACAUUCUGGUUAACCUUCUUCCUAACUGCCUGCCUACCAACAUUUACCACCAAUAAAAUAUCGUCGUUGCAGCUGCUUCUUUUCAACAAAAAGCAGAUACGAGUACAACAAUAACUAAAUGACAAAGAGGACCACAUCAUUUGGACAUCUCACCAUCAAUUGUAGGCAUUUAUUCAAACCAUUCCAGCAGAAGAAAGCAUCACUACCAAAAUUGUUUUUCGGGUAUAAAAACCAAAGUUCUGUAACCCUACAGCAGCAUUGAGAGAAAUCCAUUGCAACGCUAAAGUUGUUAAUUGUGUUAAACCAAUAAAACGUACUCGUACUCGUAGAUAUACGAAAUUCGCAAUUCGCAACUUGCAAUCUGCGAUAUCCGGUAUUAAAAGUGCAAAAGUUUCUGGUGCAACGAAAGGCGAAUCAAUAAAAUAACUUUAAUGGCGCAAUUUGUGGUCAUCUGGAGUAUAUUCCUGUGCGCUUCCUGCCUGUCGCUGAGCAAUGGCCAUGGCCAUGAGCGGGUGGCACAACAAGCCACUAAUGUGCCGGUGGUUAACAACAACAAUGUACUAGCAAGCGUGGAUGCGAGUGAAGGCGUUAAUGUUGGCAUGGAUGUGGGUAUGGCAGGGGGUGUAGUAGUGGGAGGAGUUGGAGGUGUAGACGAACAUGUUGUCGCACCUGUGGUGGACUCUGUUGAGCAGGCCGCACGCGUUUACCAUCCUGCAGCUGUAACUAAUCCGAGAAUCAUCGAACAAUAUGAUGAACGCUCAUUGGAUGGGCACUAUGAGUACAGAUAUGUACUCAGCAAUGGUGAUGCCCGAUAUGAACGCGCCUAUUGGAUUCCUGAUGGUAAAAGUAUGGUACUUGCACGCAAAGGUUACUACUCUUACCCAAUGACAAAUGACAAAUACCUAACCGUCUUCUAUACAGCCGAUCAAAAUGGUUUCCGUCAGGAUUCAGCUACGUACAGCCGAUCUCAGCCGACUCUGCCACGCAACAUCGUAGUACCGGAAUAUGUCCCAUCAUCAUAUGUGCAUGUAGCGCCUGCGCCAGUAACACAACGGCCAGCCAAUGCUCAUAUUUAUAUCUCGAGCACAACUAGAAGACCUCACCAACAUCCAACUGGUAAUCCAUUCAUUCAACUGUACCCAUCAUCAGCUUCUCAGGGAACGAACAUAUCUGGUAUGUCGACAAGUGAGAAUGAUUCCAAUAAGGGAGAUCCAUUGCGCGUGCUGUUGCUGUCAGAGAAGACCUAA